GCCAGGCGCUCGAACAGGAGUAGUCAUUUACACACAUAUUCCUGGUUAAUUGUAACAAUGAAACAAGCCUGGAACUAGUUUUAUUGUAGGUAGAUUUGUAUUUAGCUAGAUAGGUGUACUAAAAUGAGGUGGUUCGUGUCUCGCUCGGUGCUCUUGCAGUAGCCUUUGACCCUUACACUGUAACCACCCUACCGGUUCCUUACCCAUGCCAGCAUGUCAGGUUCUGGGUUUCCAGCCAGCCACGGGGCCUUCAGCAGUGAGCAGAGCUGCUACCCGCCCCACUCGGCCCAGUACACUUUCACCACAGCGCGCCACCAUCAGGAGUUUGCGGUCCCAGACUACCGCUCACACCUGCAGGAGGUCAGCUCCGCCUCCCAGCUCCUUCUCCAGCAGCAGCAGCAGCGCCGGCGGCCCUCCCUGCUCUCAGAGUUCCACCCGGGGGCAGAGAGGCCCCCUGAGAGGAGGCACGACUUCGAGCAGCACUUCCGCGCGGCGUCCGCCCAGCCCGAACACGAGGCCCUGGAGUCCAAGCGGCCGCGCUUCGAGCCCGUUCCCGAGGCCAGCUUCCCCUGUGCCCCGGCGUCGGGGAUCGUCCUGCCCAUCCCCCACGCCAUGCAGGACGGCCUGGGCGGCGCAUCAGAGGUCAAGAAGGAGAGCCAGUUUGGGGUGAAGGCGGAGGUCUUCCCCGCAGGAGUCCAGCGUGUAGGCGUUGAGCAGGAUGGCUCUCCCUCCAAGCUGUCCAAGGAGGAGCUGAUCCAAAGCAUGGAUCGCGUGGACCGCGAGAUCGCCAAGGUGGAGCAGCAGAUCUUCAAGCUCAAGAAGAAGCAGCAACAACUGGAGGACGAAGCGGCGAAACCAGUGGAGCCAGAGAGGCCGGCGACCCCCCCUCCUGUGGAGCACAAACACCGCAGUAUCGUCCAAAUCAUCUACGACGAGAACAGGAAAAAAGCCGAAGAAGCGCACAAAAUACUGGAGGGACUUGGGCCCCGGGUGGAACUGCCCCUUUAUAAUCAACCAUCGGAUACGAAGGUUUAUCAUGACAACAUAAAGAUUAAUCAGGUGAUGAGAAAGAAGCUCAUUCUGUUCUUCAAGAGGAGAAACCAUGCUCGGAAACAGAGGGAGCAGAAGAUCUGCCGGCGCUACGACCAGCUGAUGGAGGCCUGGGAGAAGAAGGUGGAGCGGCUGGAGAACAACCCACGCCGCAAGGCCAAGGAGAGCCGCACGCGGGAGUACUACGAGAGGCAGUUCCCCGAGAUCCGCAAGCAGCGCGAGCAGCAGGAGCGCUUCCAGAGGGUCGGCCAGCGAGGUAGUGGCCUCCCUGCAACCAUCGCGCGGAGCGAGCACGAGAUUUCCGAAAUCAUCGACGGGCUGUCGGAGCAAGAGAACAACGAGAAGCAGAUGCGCCAGCUGUCCGUCAUCCCCCCGAUGAUGUACGACGCGGAGCAGAGGCGGGUCAGGUUCAUCAACAUGAACGGCCUGAUGGACGACCCCAUGGGCGUCUACAAGGCCCGGCAGUUCGUCAACGUCUGGAAUGAGCAGGAGAAGGAGAUCUUCAAGGAGAAGUUCAUACAGCAUCCAAAAAACUUUGGCCUUAUCGCGUCAUAUUUGGAGAGAAAGUGCGUCGCUGACUGCGUUCUGUAUUACUACCUGACGAAGAAGAACCAUAACUACAAGACUCUGGUGAGGCGCAACUUCGGCAGGCGCAGGGGACGGAACCAGCAGCAGAUAUCACGCCCUGUGCAAGAGGAUAAGUCAGACGACAAAACAGAAGAGGAGAAAACAGAGAGAAAGGAGGAAGACGAAAAGGAAGAGGAGGAAAAAGAUGAGAAGGAGGAAUCAAAGGACGCUGGCAAAGACAAGGGUGACGGAGAGGACGAGGACGGGAAGGAGCUGGGCGCCACGCGGGGCAGGAAGACGGCCAAUAGCCAGGGCCGGCGCAAGGGCCGCAUCACGCGCUCCAUGGCCAACGAGGCCGCGGCGGCCGGCGAGGAGGCCACGCCUCCCCCUCCGCCUCCGCCUGAGCCAGAGCCUGCCCAGACCGCCAAGCAAGAGCCAGUUGCUAAGACUGUCCGAGACCAGGCCAAGCCCUCUCUGGUAGCCAUGGACUCGCAGGCACACAGAGGUAGCGUGGAGGCUGCGGAGACGUCUCGCUGGACAGAGGAGGAGAUGGAGGUGGCCAAACAAGGGUUAGCGGAGCACGGGCGAAACUGGUCAGCCAUCGCCAAGAUGGUGGGCACCAAGAGUGAGGCUCAGUGCAAGAACUUCUACUUCAACUACAAGAGGCGGCACAACCUGGACAACCUGCUCCAGCAGUACAAACAGGAUGCUCGGCGUUUGGGCGGGGACAGGGAUGUGACUCAAAGCGAGGGCGUGGCCUCCGCUGCUUCGGUCGCCGGCGACGAUGAGAACGAGGGCUCCAACGAGGAGGAGAACCCGGGGGACAGCGAAGGUGCGGAGAACAGCUCGGACACAGAGAGCGCCCCCUCCCCGCCUCGGCGCUCCGGCGGAGAGGCCCCCUCGGAGCACAACAGCAGCGGCCCCGGGGGGCCCAAACGGCAGGAGGCGGGGCACGCGGGGGCGAGUGUGAAGGAAGAGGGCAGCCCCAACAGAGACGAGCCGGCCCCUCGCCCCUCCUCGUGCAGAGACCAGGGUCAGACUGAAUUGGAGCCGACGGACACGGGCGGGGCGGCAGCGGGCGGUGAUGCGGAGGGUAGAGGAGAGCCCGGUGGGCGUGCGAAGGACAAGGCGGGCGUGGGGUCUGGCCUAUCCCGCAGGGAGCUGCCCCGCGAUGCCCACUCGGAUCACGACUCCAGCGCCACCUGCAGCGCAGACGAGGAUGUGGACAUGGAGCCAGAGCGGCAGAAGAUGUUCUCUGUGGACAGGCCGUCCCUGCUGAACUCUCCCGGCGCGGCGCUGAUGUCUCCGGGCAAACAGGGCCGCGUGAACUCGCAGUAUCUCCAUCAGAGAGCCGCUACCAUCCCCCCUGUGGCCUCUGGCCCCCUCGGCCCUGGCAGUGUACCCCUGGGUCUCCCACUCAGCGGCUACGCCAUGUUCCAGCAGCAGAUCAAAGCCGCGCACGAGUCGGCUCACCAGGAGGAUCAGGGAGACCCCGAGAGACGGCUGCCCAGCUGCCCCCGCAUCAUGACCAAGAGCCCCACUGUCCUGGACAGAGAAGUCCUCCAGCCGGCACCGAAUCAGGGGGCGCAGAUCCUCCCCGACGGGGGUCGCGCGGCCCUCCCCAGGCACGGCCGGCCUGCCAACAUUCCGUCUCCGCCCCCGCUCAUUCCAUCCUCCAAACCCCCCGAUAAGCCGUCCUUCCUCCACGGAGGAUCCAUCUCCCAGGGAACCCCUGGCACGUACCUACCGUCCCACAGCCAGGUCGUAUACGGUCACGAACCGGCGAAGACCGUGGCGGGAUCCAUAUCUCUGGGGUUGCCGAGGCUGCAGGAACCUGGAAGGCCAGUGUCGUAUGGUAAGCAGGAAGAGUCCUCGCCCAGGGGUCAGAGUUCACACGCAGAGGGUUUCCUCCCCCGAGUGCAGUUUGAGGGGAUGGGCAGGGGAAGCCCCAUGUCCGGCGUUCAGGAAGCGAGCAUCACGCUGGGCACACCGGCCAAAGUGCCUGCCGAGGCCACGCCCUUUCGAGGAGGCUCCAUUACGCAGGGCACGCCGGCCCUGUCCCAGUCCAGCAUCGCUGCAGAGGUCCUGCUGAAAGGAACCAUCAACAAGCUGGCCGCCGAGGACCUGAGUAACCCAGACAGGGCCAGGGGCGAGGCUCUGUCCAAAGCACACGUUAUCUACGAGGGCAGGAGCGGGCACAUCCUCUCUUACGACUCCAUCAAGAAUCCCCGGGAGGGCACGAGAAGCCCCCGGGUGGGUGACCUGAAGCGCACCCACGACAUGAUGGAGGCCUCGGCGAGAGGCACACCUGCGAGGGAGUCUGCCCUGUACGAAGGUUUGAUAAGCCGUACUCUGCCCAGAGAGGGCCCCCAUUCUGAGACCAAGGACAGGAUGCUGCUCUCAGGGUCCAUCAUGCAAGGAACUCCCAGAGGCCCGGCCGAAGCGUUGGAGGAGGGGCACAGGUACAGCAAGCACAUGAAAAGGGACAGCCCCCCGGUGCGCCCCUAUGAGACGGGCCUCGCUCAGGGCAAACCCUACGAUGGCCUCAACACCAUCAAGGAGAUGGGCCGCUCCAUCCACGAGAUCCCCCGGCAGGACCUGUCUGCGCAGAACAGCCGUAAAACCCCCGAGCUGACGCCCGCUGCCCGCGCUGCUCUGGAGGGCUCCAUCUCCCAGGGCAUGCCUCUGAAGUACGACAGUGGCGGCGGCGGCGGAAGCCAGUCGGCCAUCAAGCACAACGUGAAGUCGCUGAUCUCCGGCCCCGGCAAGCUGCACCACGGCGCCCUCCAGCUGGAGGCCCCGGAAGCGGGGAAGGGCGCAGAGCGCGUGCGCCACACCUCCGUGGUGAACUCCACCGCCUCCGUCCUGCGCUCCGCCCACCUGGAGGCUGGCAAACCGCAGCUCAGUCCAGGCGUGUACGAGGAUGGCGGCGCCCGCAGGACCCCGGUUAACUACAGCACCGGCGGCGCCUCCCGUGGGUCACCCCUGCUGGCCCACGCACAAGAAGGGAGCGGGACAUCCGGGAAGGCGGCCAGUCAUGAGAGGAAGAGCGUCCCGUCGCAGCGGGAUGGCGUUCCCACCCGCUCUCCCGUCCUGGGGGGUGACCCCCUGGCCUCUCACGGCUCCUUCGACCCCCACCAUCGCGUCAUGGUCCCUGGGGAGGUGUACCGCGCCCACCUCCCUCACCUGGAUCCUGCCGUCGCCUUCCAUCGUGCCCUGGACCCAGCAGCCUACCUGUUUCAGAGACAGCCUUCCCCCACUGGCUACCACAACACCUAUCAGCUGUACGCCAUGGAGAACACCCGCCAGACCAUCUUCAACGAUUACAUCACCUCCCAGCAGAUGCAGGUGAUCCCUCGGCCCGAUGGACUGUCGCCGCGGGAACAGCAGCUUGCUAUGGCCUACCCUCCUGGCUCCAGAGGGAUUAUAGAUCUAGCCCAGAUGCCUCCCGCUCUCCUGUUGGCUCACCCUGGUGUAGCAGGUACCCCCCCUAUGGACCACAUCACUUACAUCCCCGGAGCUCAGGCCCCUUUCCUCCCUAGGGCUUUCAAGCCAGCUUCCAUAUCUCCAGGCCACCCUGCCCACCUCACUGCACCUGCGGCCAGCGUGGAGCGCGAGAGGGAGAGGGAGCGAGAGAGGGAACGAGACCAAGAGCACAGGGAGAGGGAGAGGGAGAAGGAGCAGAGAGAGAGGGAGAGGGAACGAGAGAGGGAACGGACGGCUGGCGAAUAUAUGCGAGGGGGCCCUGAGCAGCCAGGCAGGCCUGGUAGCCGUGGUUACCUGCGCUCGCCCUCGCCCUCUGUGAGGUCACAGGAGGGCGUGGUGCAGCAGAGGCCCAGUAUAUUCCAGAACACCAACAGCAAAAGCGUCAUCACCCCGCUCCUGCAAAUGCCGCCGGCGGUGUCUCCCCACGCCAGCCGCCGCAGCACUGCCGCUGACGCUCUGGCCGCACUGGUGGACGCCGCCGCCUCCGCGCCCCAGAUGGACGUGGCCAUAGAGGGCAAGCACGAAUCGGGUCGCCCGGAGGUCCCGUCGCCCCGGCGACCGGCCCCGCCUGCCGAGCACCUGUUCCAGAGGCAGGAGGCGGAGCCCCAGUCUUCCUACGGCAAGCCCCGCCCUGACGGCCCGGCCCACGGGGAGGGCGGCAAGGAGAGGGGCACGCCCACAAAAACCCGCAUCGAGGAGGAGCUGCGGACCCGCGGCAAGACCACCAUCACCGCUGCCAACUUCAUCGACGUCAUCAUCACGCGCCAGAUCGCCUCCGACAAGGAGUCCCGUGAAAGGAGCUUCCAGAGCUCAGACUCUUCCGGAAGCUUUUCUUCCAGUCGUUACGAAGCGCCCAGGAGCAACGCCAUCGAGGUGAUCAGCCCUGCCAGCUCCCCAGGACAGACACAGGACCGGCAGGAUGGAACCCUCCCCCAGGACAGACCUGCCCAGACUGCAGGAUCUGCGCGUGCUUUCCAGUUCGGCCUCUACCGCCAGCCGCCGGAGACCUUCCCCCCCCAGCAGCCCCCGCCCUCCCAGCCCGAUGGUGGCCUGCAGAACCCCAAGACCCACCGCAUGAUGACCCUGGCGGACCACAUCUCGCAUAUCAUCGUCCAGGACUUCGCCCGAAACAAGGAGCAGACCACCCAGGCGUCCCUGAGUGGCGCUCCAGCGUCUGCCGCCUCAUUCCUCAGCUCCGCCCCCUCAGCCCCCGUCCCUGCCCCCAGCCAGGGCAAACCACCCAGCCGCUACAGCCCGGAGGCCAAGGGCCUGCCGGUGCACCACCAGAGGCCUUCCAGCAGGGUGUCCCCGGAGAAUGCCUCCGACAGGCUCCGAAGCAGUUCCUCUUCCUACGAGCGAUGGGCCGAGAGACCUCCCUCUGUGUCCCACAGGCCCGGGAAGUCUCCAGAACAGGCGGGCGUGGCAGUGGAGAGCUACGAGCCCAUCUCCCCCCCACGGAGCUACGCCGGCACGGAGAGGCAGGGAGCACCCCCACAGCAGCCCCAGAAACGAGAGGAGGAGCAGGCGGAACAGAGGAAUGAUUCCCGCUCUCCUGGCAGCAUAAGCUACCUGCCUUCCUUCUUCACGAAGCUGGAGAACACCUCCCCGAUGGUGAAAUCCAAGAAGCAGGAGAUAUUUCGGAAGCUGAACUCCGCGGGUGGCGGAGACACUGACGUUGCAAGUGCACAACCUGGCACUGAAAUCUUCAACCUGCCUGCAGUGACCAGUUCAAACAGCGUCAGUGCCAGGAACCACCUAAGCGAGCACGCCAGUAACCUGGGUCUGGAGGACAUUAUCCGCAAAGCGCUGAUGGGAAGCUCGGAGGAAAGGCAGGAGGAGGCCCAGAGCAACGGCUCCCAGCCCGGCGGCAGCAUUCCUCCCAGCGAGGGCCGGCAGGAGGCCAGCCCGUCCCCCGGGACAGGGCCGCCAGCAAGCGGCAAGCAGAGGCCUCCGGGUAAAGCCGGCAGCAGGAAGUCCGAGUCCCCCAGCCCCGGGCCUGGCUCUUUGGGCGCAGAGAGGCCCUCCUCCAGGUCCUCGGUGCAGUCGGAGGGGGAGUACCAGCGGAAAGGGCCGGCGGGGUGGGCCUGGGAAGACAGAUCCUCAUCCGCGGGCUCCGCGCAGUUCUCCUACAACCCGCUGACCAUGCGCAUGCUGAACAGCACGCCUCCUGCCCCCUCGGCCUGCACCCCCGCCGGCCCCCAGGGCUCGAGCCGCGUGUGGGAGCGAGAGCCGCUGCUGUCGGAGCAGUACGAGACCCUGUCGGACAGCGACAGCUGAGCGCACGCGCCCCCUGUCUGUCACCGCAGGCACAGCGUCACCUGGGCGAGGCUUCGCCCGUGUUCCGCACUGUGUGUGGCGCCCCCUGGUGGCCAGCGGCAGUAGUGGGCGUAAGGAGGGCUACGGUACAGUGCGGGAGGCAGAACCUUCAGGGUCGGCUCCUCGACUCUUACAGAAGCUUUAACACGCAGUCUGUCUAUUAAAAGGCAGCGUUAAGACUUAAAGAAAUCUUGUAAUAUAGAAUAAAAAAAAAGAUUUUUUUUUAUUCGUUACGUUUGUAAAGACAAAAAACCCCAGUGUCUUUAAAUCAUCGAAUGUAAAUAGAAAGAUAACCUUUUUUCUAUGUUUUUUUUUUCUUGCUCUUAUUUGUGUUUAUAUGUUGCUUUGGGAGUACGUCCUGUUUUCAGAGGAACAGGAGAGGUGUCAGUUAAUUUCGGAGCUUUGCCAAGGCAAGGGUGUUCUGCCAAGAGCCGAGCUUAGACACACCUCCCUCUCUGAGGCUUUGUAGUUAUUAUCAGAUUCACUAAAGUAUCAGCGACAUUUCAGCACGCGUCAGGAGCCCAACAGAAGCACUGCAGCAGUGGUGCAGGGCUUAUUUAGUAUUGUCUUUUUUUUUGUUCCUGUUUUCAGUCUUCUCUUUCAUUGUUUUUUGGGGGAGCCCCAAUAUUCCAAACACUGGUAUCACAUCCUUUUGUAGGUGGACGAAGAAAUAAGCUUCAUAAUGUUUUUUUUUUUUUUUGAAUGUCAUUAUUUUAAGUUAUUGUCAUCGGAUUGUGUAUUGUGGUCAAGCCCAAAUGUGAUCUUCGUGGAAAUCAAUCCAGUUUUUUUUUUUUUUCUGCAAAGCCAGCCGCAGCUGGUGCCCGGGUCAGAACAGAAGCUCUGGGAGGUUUGGAUGGAGGGCGUCCACCAGCUCUUUAAGUGUUGCUGAAUGACACUGCUCCUUGAGAGAAUGUUGUCGUGUCUUUAACCAUUUCCUGCUGAGAUCGGUCUGUGUGGGUUGGCUGGGGAAAAGCAGCUUUUACUUGUUCUGUCAAAUGAAAAUGCCCCUUUGGUUUUUUUUAUUACUGUGGAAGAUUUCCAAGAGGGGCUCGCGAGACCACUUCACUAUUCUUACACCUUUGGCAUUGCAGUUUGUUUUAACAACAACAACGACAACAAAAAAAAAAUCAUUGCACAUUUUUAAAUAUAUAAGCUCAAACAGAAACACACUUCUGGCUUUGAUCUUGUUUAACUUUCAUAUCCUUUCUGCUUCCUAAUCCUGCUUUCUUAUUUUAGCAUCAUGAGAAAUGACUGAUUAUGUAAAUGGAGCUGCAACUUUGUUGUCGUGGCUGUAAAACACUCACUUGUAUUACUGCUCUUAUACCAGAAUUCAGCUGGAGUUUUAAAUAUGUUUGGCAUCAGCUGAAUCGCAGUUCACAUUGGAUUGUUAUGGUGUUCAAAGCUGAUUAAGUUAAUGAGUUUUCUCAAAAACUGUUUAACAGUGUUUAAAACGCUGGUUACAGUGUUUAUUUUGCCAAGUAGCGAAUAUCUACCAUACUGAAAAUUCACUUGCUUUUUUUCCAUUUUACUUAUAAUUUUAAACUCCUAGAGUGGAUGUUCUGAUCUGCAUCCCUUUUUUGAUGGGAUGUCAAGUGUUUACAAGAAUAAAAAUUGAAGAAAAUGUCAGUGCAUUGAAUCAGCCCUCUUUUUACGAUGACUAUAUCUUUUUCUCUGUUUCAUCUGAGACUUGAAAACCUGUGCAUCCACAGUGUUGAAAUGCUUAUAUUGCACAAUGUCUUUUUAGUAGUCUAUCACAAGCAUCCAAACCAGUCAAUAAAGUGGAUUA